AUGGCCGUGGUUGAGGAGGCUGUGGUGGUGCCCUUCCUCAGCUUCAAUGGCUCCAUCUCGCCGCAGAUCAACGCGUUCCUGGAGUCCAAUGACACCGACACCUCGGAGCAGGAUCCUCCACUGGAAUGCAAGUGGGUCCUGUGGGAGCAGCUGAGCCUGUCCGCUGCGCGGGACAGCUCGCAGUACUCCCAAGCGACACAGCGGGUGGCGACUUUGGACACCAUCAAAACGUUUUGGAGGUAUUGGAACUACAUGCCACAGCCCAGCAUGCUGCUGGAAGGGAAGAAGUUCUUGCGGAUCAAGGAUGACACCCGGCAUGUGGUUGAUGCACUGAUGCUCUUUAAGGAUGGCAUCCGCCCCGAGUGGGAGGAUGUGGUGAAUGCCACUGGAGGUCACUUUACCUUCCAGCUGAAGGCGGGAGUUGGUGGAGGAAUCAUCGACGAGAUUUGGAACAACACGGUCCUGUGCCUGAUUGGAGGGUCUGUUGAGCAUUCCGACAUGGUCACCGGCAUUCGGCUCGUGGACAAGUUGGCCAACAAGCGUGCUUCGCACCUGCGAAUAGAGGUGUGGUUUGCCAAGUUCUCGGAGACCGAGAAGAUCGAGCAGCUGCAGCAGAGCUUGGAGAAGCGGCUCGCUCGGGCGAGACUCUCCGAGACGGGCACUGGGGGUCUGAAGGUCUUCACCGUGGUCGUGUCUGACAAGCCCCUGCCCACCGAGCAGCUCUCGUACCUUGCGGUGUCCUCCAAGAAAGCGGUGUACCAGGAGGCCAUUUGCGACGAUGACCUGUCUGCCGGCGGUCGCUCCAAGCGCAGCAAAGAGAAGCAGACAGGCAAGCAGCGCGGCUUCAUCAUCCGAGCAGAAGUGGAAGAAAGUCCCCUGGCUCGAGUGAUUGACUGGUUCAAGGACCCAGCGAAGCAGCUGAUGAACUGCGCCGUGGUGAGCCGCGUGGACGUGGACGAGGCCGCCAAUGUGAAGAAGGCCAAGAAGAAGGAAAAGGACCUAGCCGUGCCAAACUUGGGCGCCAACGAGUGCCGCAUUGAAACCACCUCCAGGAUACAUCACUUCGCGCAUGGCCCAGGCUUUCGCGUGGAGGUGUCGGAGGGCACCUCCGCGCAGCGGCUCAACAUGUUCACUAGCAGGAGGGAGAUCCCGCUGAAGGACUGGCUGGCGUUUCUGCUGAAGGCGCUGGACCGUACGGGACGCCAUGUGAUGAUCCUCAAGCGGUCUGGCAAGGAGGUGUUGGGUGGCGCAGUUGGUGAGAAGCAGGCAGAAGAGGUCAAGGUCCAGUUGCGCAGGGACAAGGCCCAGCAGGCGGAGAACGAGUGGCUCCAGUCUUUGCUGAGCGGUCAGGCGGAGGAAGCCGAGCCGGAGCCAGAAGUGCCGGCGGAGUCGCCGGAGGCGCCGGCGCCGCCAGCUGCGCUUCCGGAAACGGAGGAGCGACCCGCGCCCGCGUCAGGGAAAGCCAAGCCGAGGCGCGAGCGCAACAAGGAGUGGCAGGCUGCGCCUGAGCCGGGCCCGGGCGCGUGGACGGAAUGGGAGCAGUCCUGGCAGGGCAACACGUGGGAUGAGUGGCCUUCCCAGGCGCAAGCGCCUGUGAGACGCUGGGUCAACAAGGUGCUUUGUCACGAAUGUGGCCGCGGCCAGCCCUUGAAGCUGUUCUGGGACCAGGAUGCCAGCUAUUGCCGCAUGUGCUGGUUCAAAUGGUACGGCGAGGAUCCUCCCAAGUCUGCUGCUGUCAGAUGA